GGGCAACCAAAAAAAAAAAAAAAAGACAAGAGGAGAAAGAAAAGCAAAGGAAGGGCAUGUGACUGAUCACGGCUUUGCCUCCACCGCAUAAAGCUCCCUUCACAGAUACAUACACUCUCUUUCUCUCUCUUCCGGCGUUUAUUCUUCUUAUUUCGCCACCGUCCUCCGCCGCCGUGGUGGACUUAUAUCUCUGCGUUUCACGACCUGCCGCCACCGCCGGCGAUAGGUUUCAAUGAUGAAUUAAGGCGUUGGCCAGAGAGAGAAGAGAGAUUGAGAUCUGUCGAUAUGCUAGCGAAGAAUCGGCUGCCGGGAAGCGGCCACACUACUCCGUCUCCUCCGGCAUCUCCUCGCCGUUCUCCUCGUUAUCGUCACGGUCGGUCUAAAGCCGCCGCCGGUAGUAGAUUUCCUACGGUUCAACCAAGUCGGACCCUCGCUCAUCGCCUCUCGUGGAUCCUCUUAUCGGUUCUUCUCCGUCGUCAGGGGAUUUUCUUAUUCGCUCCUCUAAUCUAUAUCUCUUGUAUGCUGCUUUACAUGGGAACCGUCUCCUUCGACGUUGUUCCAAUCAUUCAGCGUCGACCUCCUCCAGGAUCCGUUUACAAAAGCCCUCAGGUUUACGCCAAGCUCCGUCCUGAGAUGGACGCCGAUAAUUCCACCGCUGAUGCCAUAACAACCAUCUGGAAACAUUCCUAUAAAGGUGGUGAAUGGAAGCCGUACGUGAACAAGUCUACUGGAGACUUGCCUGAGUCAAACGGUUACAUAUAUGUUGAGGCAAAUGGAGGCUUGAAUCAGCAGCGGACAUCGAUAUGCAAUGCGGUUGCUGUGGCAGGAUAUCUUAAUGCAACUCUAGUAAUUCCCAACUUUCACUAUCACAGCAUAUGGAGAGAUCCAAGUAAAUUUGGGGACAUCUACGAUGAAGAGUUCUUUGUCAGUACCUUAUCAAAUGAUGUGCGGGUGGUUGAUACAAUUCCUGAAUAUCUAAUGGAGCGUUUUGACCAUAACAUGACAAAUGUCUAUAACUUCAGAGUUAAAGCAUGGUCACCUAUUCAAUAUUAUCGAGACUCGAUCUUGCCGAAACUUCUUGAGGAGAAGAUUAUACGAAUAUCUCCAUUUGCAAAUAGACUUUCUUUUGAUGCUCCUCAAGCUGUCCAGAGACUUAGAUGUUUGGCGAAUUACGAAGCCCUGAAGUUUUCGAAAACCAUACUAACCCUAGGAGAAACACUGGUGAAGAGAAUGAAAGAGCAAAGUGCAAACCACGGUGCAAAAUACGUGUCUGUACAUCUGCGUUUUGAAGAGGACAUGGUAGCUUUCUCCUGUUGCAUAUUUGAUGGUGGGAACCAAGAAAAACAAGAUAUGAUUGCAGCAAGAGAACGAGGAUGGAAAGGAAAGUUCACAAAACCAGGCCGUGUUAUACGACCUGGUGCUAUCAGGCAAAACGGAAAAUGCCCUUUAACUCCUUUAGAGGUGGGUUUAAUGCUUAGAGGAAUGGGGUUCAACAAAAGCACAUAUAUUUUCCUCGCGUCUGGUGAAAUAUAUGAUGCGAAUCGAACUAUGGCCCCGCUACUAGAGAUGUUCCCAAAUUUACAAACUAAGGAGAUGCUUGCAUCAGAGGAGGAACUUGCUCCAUAUAAGAAUUUCUCUUCCAGAAUGGCUGCAAUAGAUUACACGGUCUGUCUCCACAGUGAGGUAUUUGUGACCACGCAAGGUGGAAACUUUCCUCAUUUCCUCAUGGGUCAUCGGAGAUAUAUGUUUGGAGGACAUUCCAAGACCAUUAGACCAGACAAGCGAAAGUUAGCAAUCCUCUUUGACAAUCCAAACAUCGGGUACUCACUUCUUCUACUCUUCGUCUUCGAUAAACCCUACCAAAUCUCCACAUGAAUAAAAUUUGAAUUGUUACCUUUUUAUUCACCAUACCAGUGUUGCACUCACCUGCAAACCUUACACCCUGUUACUGUGUUAUCACUUAUUGCUCAAACGAUGUUUUGCCCCGCAGAUGGCGGAGUUUUAAACGUCAGAUGCUAAACAUGAGGUCUCAUAGUGACUCAAAGGGGUUUGAGCUAAAACGACCUAAUGACUCCAUUUACACAUUCCCUUGCCCUGACUGCAUGUCCCGUAGGAACAAAACAACAACCCCAGAAUCGAGACCACCUCCUGCCACCUGAAAACACACAUUUGAUUACCGGCCUUCCAGAAUCUGCUUCUACAGGCUACGUUCAUUCCUUGUAAUUCUAAUUCUUUCAAAUCAGACACAGGACCUUAGUGACUCGGCCUGCCCAGAAUUUUAGGGAAGACAGCGUUUGAAUGGGCCGUGGAAUCAUCUAUUUAUUCUCCGGCGAGGAGUAACAGCCACAACAUUGUUUGAUACCUUUGACACAUUGAAGCUGAUGUAUCUAACAGGAAAGACGAGAUUGAAGUUUUAACACAUUCCCUAGCUGCUGCUGGGCAAAGAAUAGGACAGCGUUUGGAUUUUGGUGUUUUUUUCUUGGGGUGUUUUGGUGGUUUGAAGAAGCGUUUGCGUUUUGUACAUUUUGUGAACGCAGGCUUUGUGUUAGGAGAUAUGUAGAGAGAGACGGACAAGGGGGAGAAAAGAAGCUGCCCUAAAAGUUUUGUACAUUGAUUUGGUUAGAGAUCAUUGUCUCUUCUUUUCUUUUCUUUUCUCUGAUCAUAGGGUUUUUUAAUUGUUUCAUCAUCAUAUUCUUAUGAUUCUUUUCUUUCACAAGAUAAUUUUUUCAAUAGUGAUUUAAUUCAUUUUUGCUUCUUCCAGUCGUGUUCAUGUUUUUCAUUUGUUCUUAUAUCAGUUUUAAAUUUAUUCACUUCAUGUAC